AGAGAGGGAGAGCAGUCCAGCGAGGAGAGAAGCAGCAGCAGCAGCUACGCACUCGCUACCGCACACACGCAGCACAGCAGCGAGAGAGAAAGAGAGAAAGAGAAAGAGAGAGACAGGAGCCCAGCGCACGGAGUGUUUGUCCUCUCCGGUGAUCAUGUGUCAGAGCAGGAGCGUGCAGAGGGCGGCGUGGAACUCAGGGAAAUGGUGAGAUGCUGCAGAUCGUUGCACAGCCCUCCGUCUUGCUACAAUCUCCACAGAGUUAGGGUUGAUGCGCGCAGGCUCCGGCCUCAGAGCUCAGCAGGAGCAGGGGAGCUGCAGGGAGGCAGCGCAGGAGGAGGAGGAGGCCCCGGGGCUGGUGGAGCCUCUGCUCUCAGCCACAGAAACAGAUUCAGGUUGCAGUUCCCCCAGUUGGCCUUGCGGCGGCGCUUGGGUCAGCUGAGCUGCAUGUCCCGGCCCGCCCUGCGGCUGCGCUCAUGGCCGCUCUCCUUCCUCUACUAUGUCCUGCCCCUCAGCGCUCUCAAACCCCUGGCCAAGGUGGGCUGGAGACCCACCUCCCGAGUGGGGCUGUAUAAGACCAUCCCCACGCGGCUGCUGUCGCGCGCCUGGGGCCGCCUGAACCAGGUGGAGCUGCCCACCUGGCUGAGGAAGCCGGUGUACAGCCUCUACAUCUGGACGUUCGGCGUCAACAUGCAGGAGGCGGCCGUGGAGGACCUGCACCACUACCGCAACCUGGGAGAGUUCUUCAGGCGCAAGCUGAAGCCCCAGGCCCGGCCCGUCUGCGACUCGCACUGCGUGAUCAGCCCGGCAGAUGGCAAGAUCCUGCACUUUGGGCGGGUGCGUAACUGCGAGGUGGAGCAGGUGAAGGGGGUGACCUACUCUCUGGAGACCUUCCUGGGCCCACACACCUGGGCGGAGAGUCUCGUAGACGCCACCAGAAACGAGGACGACGCCAGCUCGUUCCAGGACCUGCUCGUGACGAAAGAGGGGAACGAACUCUUCCACUGUGUGGUGUACCUGGCGCCUGGAGACUAUCACUGCUUCCACUCCCCCACAGACUGGACGGUGGCCCACCGACGCCACUUCCCUGGCUCUCUGAUGUCAGUGAACCCGGGCGUGGCGCGCUGGAUCAAGGAGCUGUUCUGUCACAACGAGCGGGUGGUUCUGAGCGGGGAGUGGACCCACGGCUUCUUCUCUCUGACCGCGGUGGGCGCCACCAACGUUGGGUCCAUACGCAUCUACUUUGACAAGGAGCUGCGCACCAACGCCCCCCGCUACAGCAAAGGCUCGUACAACGACUUCAGCUACAUCUCCAACAACAACCGCGAGGGCGUGGCCAUGAGGAAGGGCGAGCACCUGGGCGAGUUCAACCUGGGCUCCACCAUCGUGCUGCUCUUCGAGGCCCCCAGGGACUUCACCUUCAACCUGAAGGCGGGCCAGAAGAUCCGCUACGGGGAGCCCCUGGGCUCCAUGUGACCGGGCCUCGUGGGGGGGGGGGGGGGGUUAGGGACGCGCCGGCUGUGCGCGUCGUUGACCGCGAGGGCGGACUGACUGCUGUGGAGCGCGGCAGGCGGACUUGCACACCGGUGACAAAUCCAUGCGGACUCAUACACCUCGUACCACAGGGAGAGGGAAGAGGACGUGUCGUGAUGCUCGCUCGCACUCACACACGCGCACGCAUCGCCACUGACUCAUCCGCGCGCAUACAUCAACACCGAGUUGCUCGCAAUAGACACACACGCCCACGCACACUGAUGACUCGCUCCAAGCAGACACGCACUCACGCGCACCAUCGCCACGUCCCUUGGCCAUCUCCGUUCAUCUGCAGGAGGGUGUGUCAGUCGACGUUCAACUGCAAAGGACACCCUGUACAUAGACUGACACCGUUCAAACUCACAGCAACUAGGUUUACCAUGAAAACUAACACAUAGCUUUUUAUUUUUGUUAUUUUGUUAUU